UUUUCAAUCCUUUAAUUUAAAUGAAACCAUUUAAUCAAUCUGGUGAAGGUGACUUGCGGAUAACUACCAAAAAAAACAUGAUUUUUCAUUGGAGAACAAACCCUCACCAUUCACCUUCAAAUAUCUCAAAAUCUUUAAUUAACUUGUUCCUUUCAAGAUGGACGAUUCUGUUUGGUCUUGGACCCAAAAUGGGAUUGCUAAUCAAUUCAGUGAUUCUGAUCAUGGUGGCGGUGGUGGAGGUAGCAGCGUAGGCGAUGGCGAACGAGUUGAUGGUAAAGUGGAAAGUGCUUCCAAGAACCAUAGCGAAGCCGAGAAGCGACGUAGAGAUAGGAUCAAUUCACAUCUUUCUACUCUAAGGAAACUUGUCUGCAGUCCUGAAAAGAUGGACAAGGCAAGGCUAUUGGGAAUGGUAAUUGAACAAGUCAAACAGUUGAAUUCGGAAACAAAGGAAUUAAGCAAAGUACUUACAAUUCCAACACAUUUGGAUGAAGUGAUCAUCGACCUUGAUUUGAAUACUAUGGAGCCUAAUAGCGACGUUUUCAUCAGAGCUUCCGUUUGUUGUGAAGAUCGGGCAGAACUAUUUUCAGAGAUCAAGCACGCACUCAAAAGCCUAAGGUUAACCGUGGUCCAAGCAGAUAUGACCAGUUUGGGUGGCAGGAUUGUAUGCAACUUCAUCCUUUGUGUCACAAAUAAUAACACAAAUAAGGAAGAAAUCACAACACUAAAAGAGUCUCUAAAAUUAUUAUUGGGUAGGAUUGUUGCAUCAUCUUCUUCAUGGACAAUGUCGUCACACUACCGCAUCAAAAGUAAGCGCCAAAGGUUCUUCUGUUCACCUAAUUACGACACUGGCCGUUCUUGAUAGAAAAAUCGUUUAGGGGUCGUCAUAAAUGUCGCUAAAUGUUUAAAAUUGUUAAGCAUUUGCGACUAUAAUCACUAGAAACAUUUAGGUCCAUUGCAAGAGUUUUGAGUUUACUAAUUCAUGUCUUCUUUGUUUCCCAAGGGGUUAUGCAAACAGGUGAGACAAUUCUUGUGAAAAUUUUGUAUUGUGACUGUUAUCAGCUUUUGAUAAGUGGCGAAUCCAACAAUUAUUUUUGUGUUAA